AUGGAUGAGCUGCUUUCCACGCCGAUUGCCGUACGGCUCCUUCAGCAACCGGAAGCCCGUCUCCACGAUUUUCUGGUCCUCGAUGCUUAUAAGCCAAAAAUGCACGUAAUGUACGACAAGUACCUAAGCGGCGUAACGGCCGACUUUGCGCUUGUCGUACGGCGCGCUCCUCCGGCAGCUGACCCCGCCAGGCUGCCGCAUGAACGACCGGCGCUGUUUGCAUCCUUUGAGGCUUCUGCAGCGGCACUGAGUCGUACGAUGCCGUACGGGCCGUACGAGGUGAAUGCGCUGCGGACGCAAUUUGGUAUGGAGCUUCCGCAGUCCCUCCUGGAGCGGUGCCACCGUGACGGAGUGGCCCCCCUGGACUGGCAGCAGCGGCACCGGGGUGGGGCGCUGGCGGCGGAGAAGCACCACCAGCAGCAGCAGCAGCAGCAGCAGCAACGGGAGGGGGAGCUGCCGGGCAACAAGCAACAAGAGUCCGGGCGAGUGGCAAUUGCCUCAGGUCCGCUGGUGUCCGCAUCUCUAAUGGAGACGCCCCUCAUGCAGUGCUUUCAACAGCUCGCAGUGGAGGCCCAGGUGCAGGUGCAGGUACAGGCGCAGGUGCUGGCCCCGUCUCCUCCGGCGCUGUUCGAUCGCACUGAGCGGCUGGCCAACUCCCUGUCGCGAUUGGUUCUGACGGUGCAGCGAAUCAACGCUCUGAGACACGGGUGCCGAGUGGCGCUGUUUGCGGGUCGUCGCGCCAGUGACCUGCUGUACUUGGUACUUCAAAACCUGUACUGCGCCGCACACCUGGACGGGUACGACGGGACGAGCUCGCUGUACGUGGUGGCGAUAUUGGGCCGCGAGUGGACUCAGAUGGGGGUUCCGGAGCGGGAGUGUUGGGGCGGCGUGGGCCGGUUGAUUGGCACACACGCGCACGAACAGGUCAGCGCCGUGCAGCAGCUUCUGGCGCCGUACGACGUGGAAGCUGGCCGCCGCUGCGGCCUGCCCCACGGCGUUGCGGUGACACCGCUUCUGGCGCACCUGCUGUUCCUGGCGGCCAACGGCAGCGGAGGCGCUGACGGCGGCAGCGCCACGGCCCUUGCGGACACCCUCACGACGGCCGCCUUCCUGGCCGUGUCGCGUGCUUUAGCGGUGCCGGCGGCGUUCCGCCGCGAUGUGGAGGCGGCGUUCGGCUGGUUGGUUCCGGAGCACGCCCGCUGCUUCGACCUGUUCAGGGUAUGGAGGCUGGACUCUGGCGACUACGAGAAGGUGGCGGCGCAGAUUAUCGCGGCGUGGGAGGCGAGGUGCCUAGAGCUCCAGGCGGUCGGCCACCCGCCACUGCCCCGCCCCCACCUCAUGAACUCCAACCUGAGCUCCGAGGAUGACAUCGCCGCCGUGUGCAACCUUGACCCACGGGUCAGACCCACAACACUGGCGUUUGGCACGCUGGCCGACGGCUUCCUCCCCUUCCUUGAUCCGGAGGGGGAGGGGGAGGACGGUGAGGGGGGCAAGCAAGCUGGAACGGACGGCGGCGGCAGCGGCAGGCCAACGAUGUCGCUGGCGUCUGUGGUGAUGAAGCUCGUGCAGGCGCGGCCGCCGCGGCCGUUGCCUUCGUUGAGCGUCAGCGGUGACGGUGGCGGUGACGGCGGCUUACCUGCAACCGCGGUUAAGCUCGGUGAUGGUGACGGUGACGGUGAUAGUGGAAAGGUGCAAGUGGACCCCAGGCUGGAGCCCGAGGUGGCAAUGGCGGCGUUACGCGCCGCCACGGAGAUGGCCCGUGGGUCGGCGACUUCGGCCCUGGACUCCGCCGCCGUCAGUGCCGUACUGGCGGAGGCGUACGAUGCGGUGACCCGUCGUGGCGUGCUCAUGGCGGUGCCACCCACAAUGGAGUGA